AUGCCCGUUUGCCAGCAUUUCUUGAAAGGCCGGUGUAAAUAUGGAGACAGAUGCUACAAUGAGCACCCCGGCAAGCAAACAGUAGGCGGGAACAAAUUCGCAGCUCUCUCCGGCGGCGGCGGCGGAGGCGGCGGAGGUGGAGGUCGUGGUGGGCAAAAUCAGCAAAAUGCACAAUAUGGGAUCACUGCAGCAGAUAUCAAAGUAGACCUGACUCCUGGCAAGGGGCUCCCCGAAUGGAUCUUUUCAUGCUAUGGCCCCGGAAGAGAUGCUCCCAGGCAGCUAUUUGGAGGCCCCCAGCGAGAACAGAGCUUCGAAGAACUACGACUCCGUCAUUAUGAACUAGUCGCUCAAGGUAGCCCAAUUGAGGUAGCAGUUUCAGAAGCCCAGGGUCUCCACAACGAGGCACGAAAUCAAAUGGAAAACGCUCUGAGGGACCUGGAUGGAGCUGUCAGAUAUAUUCUAGACGGUGCCAAGGAGCAUCCGAAUCGAAUUGACAUUGUGAACAACAAGGCCGGCACGACUUUCGGCGCUCCGCCUAAGCUGUUUGGUGAGAUCAAGGCUCCCCCUGCCACAGGUCCAGCCUUCGGUGAGCCAGCCUUAUUGGGUGAUCAAGCAUACGCCAAACCAUCUAUUGCUCCACCAAUUGGGUUCGGUCAACCUUCAAAUCUUGCACAUGCAACUGGAUUUGGACAACCAAGUGCCUUCAACCAGGGCUCGUCUUUUGGCAAGCCCUCCGCACAAUCGGCUUUUGGCCAACCGGCAUUUGGGCAACCCGCACCUGGGUUCGGCCAGCCUUCCUUCGGUCAGCCUUCAGCUGCAGGAGCCACAGCGUCUCCGUUUGGUAAGGCAUCUGGCGGCUUUGGCGCAUCUGCAUCCACGCCAUCCCCGUUUGCGCAGUUUGCGAAUGCAAAAUCUGGUGCGUCAACAUUUGGUCAACCAUCCGCAUCACCCUUUGCUAGUGCACAGCCAUCAAACCCAUUUGGCCAAGCAAUUCCAUCCUCUGGAGCCACAAACCAACGACCAGCCGAGCCAGCAUUUGGCCAGUCUGGCUUCGCGCAGCUGGGCCAGCAAGCAUCCGCUGCGAGGCCGGCAGCAGCUUCUGGGUUUGGAGCAGCAUCAACGCCCGCAGCGCCUGGGUUCGGUACACCAGCAGCGCCUGGGUUCGGGGCUCCUGCGGCUCCCGGGUUUGGGACAGCAUCGACACCAGCAACUUCUGGGUUUGGGACAGCAUCGACACCAGCAACUUCUGGGUUUGGGGCAGCAUCAACGCCGGCAGCUUCCGGGUUCGGCGCAGCAUCAACGCCGGCAGCUACCGGGUUCGGCAUACCGACAACGUCAGCGGCUCCCCCGGCGGCCCCUGCUGCUCCUACUGCGCCAUUGGGACCUGGGCCAGCCCCUGUCCUCAGAACGAGAAACCCAAGCGAGCUCAGCCCCAUUCCACCUCUCAACGGACAGACGAUUCGUGACCCUAUGACAAGAAGGCUCACCUCUUGGAAGGGUCAACCCGUGACAUAUAUCAACGACGUACCGUGCUAUCUUCAUCCGCAGGAUCGUAAAACCUACGUCCGCAUCUUCUUCCCAGACGGGCCACCUGAUGAAGCUAGUCUUAGGGAUGCUCAGGCACGGCCCGAGGAAUACACGGCAGAGGUUACACAACAGUACGAGUACUUCGUGACGAAUGGGUGUUUCGAGAACGGGGUCAUUCCGAGCGUACCGCCAAAGACCGAGUGGGUGAGCUUCGACUUCUAG